AUGUUGGGGACGGGGGACAGGACCUCAGAUCCGAUCCCAGCAAAGAAGUCUAAACAUGAAGAUCCUUUCUCCCAGUCUCCAACAACAGACAAGGAGAAGCAACCUGAUUGGCUACGGUCUCUCGCCUCCUCAGCCAAUAAGCAGGCCAUCGGCUGUAUCCACCCUCGGCAGCGGCCCUCAGCUUUCCGACCCUGGUCUCCUGCAGUUUCAGCCAGUGAGAAAGAGACCGCUACACAUCUACCAGCUGCGGUUCGAGACAGCUUAUACAACUACAAAAGCUUAGAAAACUCUGUGGCUCCCAAUGUGGCCCUGACGCCCUUGCCCCUUCAGAAGGUGGAACAGCAUUCCCCGUCCACGCCAAGCGCCUCCCGGGGAAACAGCAGCGAGGCCCCAAGUGACGCCGGCUGCAGCAGGCCACGCAAACGUCAGCUCACCGGCGAACCCCAGCACGCCUCGGAGCACCCCAGCACAGCCGUGUCCACCAGCACUGCCCCCCAGGAGGACAAAGACUCGGAGGGCGAGAUCGAGGUGGAGAGCCGAGAAGAGUUUGCAUCGUCCCUGUCCUCCCUCUCCUCCCCUUCCUUCACCUCCUCGAGUUCAUCAGCCAAGGACCUGAGCUCACCGGGGACCCAAGCUCCGCUGUUGGUGGGGGGUAUCUUUGACGGGCCCAUCGUCCUCGGUGAGGUGCCCUGCGCAGGGCUGGAGACUGAGCUGGAGUCCCUUAGGCAGGCCCUGGACAGUGGGCUCGACUCAAAAGAGGCCAAGGAGAAGUUCCUGCAUGAGAUCGUCAAGAUGAGGGUGAAGCAGGAGGAGAAGCUGGGAUCAGCCCUGCAGGCCAAACGCAGCCUUCAGCAGGAGCUGGAGUUUCUGAGGGUGGCGAAAAAGGAAAAGCUGAGAGAAGCGACAGAGGCCAAGCGCAACCUGAGGAAAGAGAUUGAGCGCCUGCGCGCGGAGAACGAGAAGAAGAUCAAGGAGGCGAACGAGUCGCGGAUACGACUGAAGAGGGAGCUGGAGCAGGCCAGGCAGCUGCGAGUGUGCGACAAGGGCUGCGAAGCAGGGAGGCUGAGGGUCAAAUACUCUGCACAGAUCGAAGACCUGCAGGUGAAGCUGCAGCACGCAGAGGCGGACCGGGAGCAGCUGCGAGCGGACUUGCUGCUCGAGCGAGAGGCGCGGGAGCACUUGGAAAAAGUCGUCAAGGAGCUGCAGGAGCAGCUGUGGCCCAAGUCAGGCAGCACCAGCAUGGCAGCGAAGGACUGAAAACUAAGGGCGAGAGAGAAACCCAAACAAAGAUUUAUAUUAUCUAUACGCGUAUACAGAUAGACAGACGCUUGCGUGUCUGCGCGCACGCAGUGGUGCAAACAAAACACACAAAUAAAAUAUAAUAAUAAUAGAGACUUUGUAUAUUUACCUGGAGGAAAUGUGUUACUUACUAACAUAAGCACUGAAAAGCGCCUCUAAUUAAAAAAAAUAAAAUAAAUAAAAUAAAGAGAUGAAUUUAAAAUAGCACAAGCAGUUUAUUGUGCCUAACUAUUUUCCACUGAAAACCACAUUUUGGAUACAGACUUUUCUACAACUAAAAGAAGUACAUAAACGAAAUGAAAUCACCCCGGACCACCUUUACAAGUGCAGCAGCAUCGUCAGAAAGCAAACAAAGACAACAAAAUUGAAAUGUCAAGGUGCCCUCAACUCUGUUUCUGUUUGUUUGUGGGUUUUUUUGUACGAUUUUCUCUUUUAUUUCAAACAUCUACAAUGAUUUUGUAAUAAGCUAUUUAAGAGACUGUCUA